AAGACUGCAUACUUGCUUUGGUUUACCUGUCUGUGUGCUCGUACAUAUACAUCAGGAAAAAACAGAAGGAAAAAACCAGAGAAAACUAGUCCACCACCACCAUCAUCAUGCCCGUUUCCGAUCCCAAUAAGCUAAUUACCAAGGCGGAUAAAUUAACUAAACUGAGUCUUACAAGAUGGAGUGCCGAUUGGAGAAAUGCCACUCUUUUGUAUGAAGAAGCUGCUAGCUUGUUUAGGGUCGCCAAGAAAAAUGAGAAAGCAAAAGAAGCAUUUGAGAAGGCUUCCAAAGGACAAGAGAUGCUCUCUUCACCUUGGGAUGCUGCUAAACACAUGGAGUCUGCUGCUGCUCUAGCAAAGGAACUAGGCAACUGGAAUGAAGUCACUGACUUUUAUAGAAGAGCGUCUGAGUUGUACAUGGAGUGUGGGAGACCACAGCCGGCAUCAGAUGCUCUAGCUAAGGCUGCUCGUGCUCUGGAAGAUGCUAUGCCUGAAGCUGCUGUUCAGAUGUACAAUGAUGCUUCUGCUAUUCUUGAAGAAGAUGGAAAAGAACAGAUGGCCUUUGAUCUAUACCGUGCUGCCACUAGUGUGUAUGUAAAGCUUGAAAAGUAUAGUGAUGCUGCAUCUUCUUUGUUGCAAUUGGGUCUAGCAGCGGAUAAAUGCAAUGCCACCAAUAGCCAGUGCAAGGCAUAUCUUGGUGCAAUUAUUGUAUACCUUUACGCUCAUGACUUCAAGCAAGCAGAGAAAUGCUACAAUGAUUGCUCACAGGUUGAUGCUUUUCUGAGAAGUGACCAGAACCGCUGUGCCAGUAAACUGCUUUCGGCUUAUACAGAAGGUGAUAUUGAAGAAAUCAAACGUGUGGUUCAGUCCAGCACAGUUUCAAAUCUUGACCAUGUGGUAAUCAAGCUAGCAAGAAAGCUACCUACUGGUGAUGUUAGUGCAUUGAAGACUGAUGUUGACAAAGAGGAGGAAGAACCAUUGGAUGAGAAUGACCUCACAUAAUUUCUCGUCUAAAAGAUGAUUUAUACGUAACAUUUGUUUCAAAAUGGGUGGGUUUUGGUGUCAUAUACAGCAUGUAUAAAGCAUUCAGUAGUCUAAUAUGAUAUUCGGACUCUGUAAUUGUUGCCUUUUGUGCUUGAAAGCGUGUUUAAUAUGUAAAAUCUUCCGGUACUUAAAUUUCGGUCAUUGUGAGUAUGACACAGCAGUCUCAAGAUGCCAUGAGGUGGUUUUUGACGCCUUCCAAAACAAAUUCAGAAGCUCUUAAUUGCGUGUCUUACAUGUACGCUUCUAGAUUUCAAAUAUCUGUGAUGUGCAUUUUCACCUCAUUCAUGUGAUAAUAAAGAGUGCUCUCAUAACUUCCAAAA